AUGUUCCUCUCCGCUUUCAGUCCUUCUACUCCAAUCCUACCAUCCCCUGACGCAGAAGGUCAAAUCAUCCGUGGUUAUCAACUAGGUCCAUUCAUCGGUCACGGCGGUUUCUCUGCAAUAAGACGUGCAUCAUCAUCUUCAGGUGAUGUCGUCGCCGUAAAAAUCGUCCGCCGUUCAGACUUGGACAAACAAGCAGACCCUUCUUUAGCUAGAAGGCGACUCAAUCAUGAAGCCGAAGUUUGGGCUUCUUUAUGUCACGAACAUACCCUCCCCCUCUUUUUUGCAGAACACACCCCCUUUGCAGAUUUCUUCUUCACUCUCCUAUGUCCCGCUGGUUCCUUAUACGAUAUUCUCAUAAGAGACGGCCGUCCCGCUUUACCUCACGACGACGUAGGCAUGAUGUUCCGCCAAAUCGUAACAGGCGUACGUUACCUCCACGAAAUCGCAGGCUACGUACACAGGGAUAUCAAACUCGAAAACGUCCUCGUAGACGAAAUGGGCGUAUGCAGAAUUUGCGAUUUCGGCAUGACCCGCAAAAUUGGCCAAGUAGACGAUGAUGAAACAGAUGACCAUUCCGUUCACCGCCACCGCUCUACUUCUUAUACUUCUAGGCCUCCAAAACCUAACUUGUCUACACACCAGUCCAUUCUGCGGCCUAGGCGUCAUCGUAUAUCAACCCCUGUCGGUGCUGACCUCCCUCCAGUACAUCCUUCUCAUGUAUUCCAACAAGGCUCCCUACCCUAUGCAUCUCCCGAACUUCUUCAACCACAAGCAUCACGCUUCAACGGUGCUAAUCCAGCCCAAGACAUAUGGGCCCUAGGCGUCCUCCUCUACGCACUCCUCACAGGACGUCUCCCUUUCUCAGACUCUUUCGAGCCCCGCCUUCAAAUGAAAAUCCUACACGGCGUCUAUGAUAUGCCUUCAGGUAUCAGUCGUGGAGCAGAACACGUCCUCAAGGGAUGCUUGGAGCGAAGCGUCAGGAAGAGGUGGACGAUCGCUAUGGUAGAUGAGAUGGCUUGGGGCGUUGGGUGGCGUGGUGACGAGGACACGGCUGGUGCAGAAAAAGAUGAAUAUCAGUUUGUAGAUUAUCCCCGCCGAUCUCAUUCAUCAUCUCCCUCUCACUGGCGUGACCACCCAAACCCAUCACAUCACGAAGAAGAAUUCACCCCAAAGACGCUCCAAACGAUCCCUCUCCCGCGCAUCAAUCUCAACCGCCAGUUCCUUCUCAACACGGUGUACGAGCAGAAGCAUCAGCCGUCCUCCACAAGUCCAGGUCCGAUACCCAAUGUCCCCCACGUAUGA